AUGCCGUCGGUCUCACUGAACAGUGACCAGAUUUAUCAAGAAUUUUCUCCUAUGAGCGAUGAUGAUACUGAACGGCUAAUAACCUCGUCAAACAAGAAAUCUAGUUCCUUGGAUCCUAUCCCAACUAAAUUUGUCGUCGAAUGCCUGGAUGUUCUUCCGCCUGUUAUUACCAAAAUGAUUAACCUUUCACUAGAGUCUGGCAUUUUCCCAUGUGUCUGGGAAGAGGCUGAUGUCCAGCCAAGACUCAAGAAACAAGGCUUGGAAGUAAUAUUUGAAAUCUACGACCUAUCUCCAACCUCCCAUACGUUUCAAAACUAG